AUGUGGGGUUUUGCUGCCUUCGUGUUUCUUCAUUGCAGAGAAAAUGUCCUGGGAUUCUGUGCUUGAGCACCUUUGAAGCACGAAGGUGAUGUUAGACAUCCACAGGAUUUGUGGGCUCCUGCUUGAGAUCUUCUGAGUUUGGCUCCUGACGAGAGCUGACAGAUGAUGGAAACAUUUCCCUGGCGAUGUCUCUGGGGCGACUCCUCCGUCGAGCCUCUUCGAAAGCGUCCGACCUCCUGACCCUGACUCCCGGCGGCUCCUCCUCCGUGCUCGAAGGGGAGAUCAUCUACUCCAAGAACAAUGUCUGUGUCCACCCCCCUGAGCUGCUGCAGGGCAUCGGGGAGCACCAUCCAGGCUAUUUGUGCUUGUACAUGGAGAAGGACGAGCUCCUGGGAACCACUCUGAUCCUGGCCUGGGUGCCCAACUCGCGCAUCCAGCGGCAGGAUGAGGAAGCCCUGCGCUACAUCACCCCCGAGAGCUCCCCGGUGCGCAAAGCGCCCCGAAAGCGCGGCCGCCACGCCCAGGGCUUCGGCAUGGCCCGGCCCGCGUCCCCCCCGGAGCACAGAGGGGCGCUGAGCCUCCGGGGGGACGAGGUCCUGACGGUGGCACAGCCAGUGAGGGACGGGGCCCCCUCCUCAGAAGGGGAGAGGCCGUGCAGCCGCCGGUCCCCGCAGCCCCCGCGCAGCGACUCGGGGACCCUCUCCACAGUCAGCUCCCAGGAGGAGCAGAACAGGUCGGAGGGCACGGAGGAGGGCCUGGACUGCAGGGAGGACGAGGGCUCCUUGGAGCUGUCUGCUGACGAUGUGAGCAGGGACAGCACUUUUGACUCUGAUUCUGAUGCCUUCUCUUCCCCCUUCUGCCUCUCUCCCAUCAGCGAAGCCCUGGGGAAGAGCAGCAGUUCUGUGUUCCUGGACAGUGAAAGCAGGGACACGUGUGACAAUCGCAUGACCUGCUCCACCAGCUCUGCCUCCAGCCUCGACACCAGUGCCCAGUUCCAGGAGAACAAUGGGCAAACGCAGAGCACCAGAUGGGAUGAACAGCAGAAGGUAUUUGCCCUCGAGCAGGUGUGUGGUGUCUUCAGAGUAGACUUGGGACAAAUGAGAUCCCUUCGCCUUUUCUUCAGUGAUGAGGCGUGUACCUGUGGGCAGCUGGUGGUGGCCAGCAGGGAGAGCCAGUACAAGAUCUUCCAUUUCCACCACGGUGGCCUGGAUAAACUGUCCGAGGUGUUUCAGCAAUGGAAGUACUGCACAGAGACCCACCUCAAGGACCAGCAGCUUGCAGAUGAGAAAACCUGCAUGCAGUUCUCCAUCCGCCGCCCCAAGCUGCCCUCCUCGGAGACCCACCCCGAGGAGAACUCGUACCGGCGCCUGGACGUGUCCACCUGGCUGCACCACCUCAACGAGGCCGGCCAGGUGGAGGAGGAGUACAAGCUGAGGAAGGCCAUUUUCUUUGGUGGGAUUGAUAUUUCCAUCCGUGGGGAGGUGUGGCCCUUUCUGCUGCACUACUACAGCUACGAGUCCACCUCUGAAGAGAGGGAGGCACUGAGGCUGCAGAAGAGGAAAGAGUACUUUGAGAUCCAGGAGAAGAGCCUGUGCUGUUGCUGUGUGGUUUCCAGGCUGUCCAUGGCUCCAGAUGAGCAGAAGGAUUUCUGGCGCCAGGUGCAGUUCACGGUGGACAAGGAUGUCGUGAGGACCGACCGCAGCAACCAGUUCUUCCGAGGGGAGGACAACCCAAAUGUGGAGACCAUGAGGAGGAUCUUGCUGAACUAUGCAGUAUUUAACCCAACCAUUGGAUACUCCCAGGGCAUGUCCGACCUGGUUGCCCCACUCCUGGCAGAGGUCCUGGAUGAGUCAGAUACUUUCUGGUGCUUUGUUGGAUUGAUGCAGAACACGAUCUUCAUCAGCUCCCCCCGGGAUGAGGACAUGGAGAAGCAGCUGCUGUACCUGCGGGAGCUGCUGCGGCUGAUGCACCCCCGCUUCCACCAGCACCUGAGUGCCCUGGGAGAGGACGGGCUGCAGAUGCUCUUCUGCCACCGCUGGAUCCUGCUCUGCUUCAAGCGCGAGUUCCCCGAGGCCGAGGCGCUGCGCAUGUGGGAGGCGUGCUGGGCUCACUACCAGACAGACUAUUUCCACCUCUUCAUCUGCGUGGCCAUCGUGGUGAUUUAUGGGGACGACGUCAUCGAGCAGCAGCUGGCCACUGACCAGAUGCUGCUGCAUUUCGGCAACCUGGCCAUGCACAUGAACGGGGAGCUCGUACUCAGGAAGGCCAGGAGUCUGCUCUAUCAGUUCCACCUGCUGCCCCGCAUCCCCUGCAGCCUGCACGACCUCUGCAAGCUGUGUGGGACAGGCAUGUGGGACAGUGGCUUCAUCCCCGCUGUGGAGUGCUCUGGCCACCACCUGGAGUCCGAGAGCUGCCCGUACGGGGGGCUGGUGGAAGUGUCUUCUCCUAAACCAGGAAGUGAAGGCAAGAAAGGCCUGAGAACACGGGAUGUCUUUGCCUUCCGAAAAUAGCUGGGAGGAACAGGGUGCGCCGGCGGAAGGGAAGGGCAGGAAGGAUGUGCAUAGGAAAAACUGCUGAAGAAAAGAAUGGAGGAAUAGCUUGUCAGGACUCCUGAGAAGACUGAAAGGUGUGGAAUGGAAGAGGAGUUAAAUUGCUCUAUAGGGGAAGUUCCAUUGCAUGGGUGAUGGAACCUGAGAGAAAGGCAUCGACCCAGGAACUGUGCUUGGAUUUGAUUUUGUUAGAAACAAGCUUUUCUAGGUUUUAACUUUUUAUUCUGCCUCUGGGACUGGACUGGUUAGCAAGCAGAACUUUGUUACUUGCUGGUGAGAAACGAGAGCCCUCAGGGGAGCCAAGGCCACCCCGAGGUGCUGGUGGCAGGUGGCAGGAGCAGAGCCAAGGCCACCGUCCCCUCACCCAGAGCACACCACACGCUCUCUGCUUCAACCAAAACGUGCAGCUUCGUGGCUCCUUUUCAAAGCCAUAAAAGCCAUUUUAAUUAUAAUCUGCCAAAAAUAAAACUGCAGACUGUUGGGA